CCCCCCAACCUCGUGUCAGGUGAAGGAUAAUAUAAAAGGGCCAUGGCUGAGUCGACGCAUGCUCAAACAGGAGGUUCGUGUUGGAUGGCAGGUAGAAAUCAUUGAGUCGAUGUCAGAAGAUCCACUCAGUCAUGGCUCUCCGAACGAAGGCAGUUGCCAUAACUCUUUUAGGUGCCGCAUUGAUUGCGUCUUUAUUUCUGUUUUCUACAAGGGAUCGGACUGCACUGAACAAGGAAAUCAGUCAUAUGAUUUCAAAUGAAGGUAUAAAACUUUUACUUUCAGUAGAAAGAGAGAAAACGCAGAACCUGGGAAUGGGAGACACUGCAAACAACAGGUACCUGCAGGUACCAAAGAACACACUAACCGAACUUUUGGAAUCAGUGAAAAGUCUGAAGACAGCUUUUAAGACAAUGCGGAAGGGAAUGGAAGAGAGGGAAAUGCAACUUGAACGACGGGUUGAAGGACUUCAUAAUCAACUGGGCGACGGUCAAGAUAAUGUGGACACUAAAGAUGAAUCUGGGAAAGUGUCGGUACAGACGCAAAGUGCCAAGGAUCCUUUACGGAUUACAGAAUGGUGGCAAGCCUCGUCUCUCUUGAAGUGGGACUGGGAGAAACCCCCGGAGUACACGUGUGGCAAGAUGGAGAUGAGAGGCAGCUGGCGCAUUUGUAAUGACAACAACUUUGAGGUCAAACCACCGUGUCUGGUCUAUUCCUUUGGGAUCUGGAAAGACUGGUCGUUUGAUGACGCAAUGGGAGCUCUUGGCUGUGAAGUUCAUUCUUUUGAUCCAAGCAUCGGACUAAAGUCCUUCGACAGAAGCCAGAAUGUCCACUUCCAUGACCUGGCGCUGUCGUACAAAGACAGCGAUACAUAUGUCCCACCUAAGGACAGAUACGUCAAAACGAAAACAACAUGGAAGAUCAGACGCCUCAAGACUAUCAUGGAGAUGCUUGGACAUACAAAUAGACACCUGGAUGUACUAAAGAUUGACAUAGAAACAAGCGAGUGGCCGGCAGUGAAAGACAUUGCGGAAUCUGGUCUUUUCUCCAAAGUCAGACAGUUUUCUGUCGAGUGGCACCUGUUUCCAACACAUCCAAAUAGAUCUGAAUACAUUAACUGUUAUACAAGUGUCAUGGCCAUGAAGGAGCAAGGGCUACGAACAUUUAGAUCACUCUUUCAUAAACAGAACUAUGAAGAAAAGACCUUCCGUUUCCAGGCAGAUGUCAACUACGUGAAUAUAUUACAUAAAGGCACAUAGCACUGCAUUUUGAUGUAAUGGCCAGAAGCAGUUUUAAAGGUGAUAACCAGAUGGGAUCAUACGCUGUGUGUGUAGGAGCAGCACCAGGAGCUAAAGCUGAACCAGAGCCUGAGCACGUAUCAGAACUGCAGUCAACGCCAAAACGAUUGUGGCUAAAUUAUGGAAAAACAUAAACGGAAAACCGUACUUUCUUCGUUUAACCUACAAGCAGCAAUAUUGACAAUGUAGCGGUGAUGCCAACAUACGUUGAAAUGGCUGACUAUAAAGGUAAGCUGGAGCGUGUUUCAGCCUCUACCUUUUACCACAUAUUCAGCUUUAGUCAGGGAUUUGUUCAUGGUUGAGGGCAUGGGUAGUCCAGUCAUCGGAGACGCCAGAAACUUGCGAUCGGGUGUUCGAAUCCCGGUCUGCUCAGAUCAUGUUUCUAUGCUUGCGCGCAACCUUAUCCGCACACACGGGUUUCACCAAACAGAGAAACGUCUACAUCACUUGGGGCUUUCCUCACAGAUCACGCUCACCCAUUGCUCAUGUUUACAUUUUCAUUUGCCUGUUAACAGAUGUACACUGUCACUCAUUUUAGCCAUAUGUACGUAUUAGAUCUCAUGCAGAAUGCACAAAAUGAAAGUUCCAGUUUUCAUGACAAAUGUUAAAGCUGACAUUUCAAAUGUGCAAAACAUUCACCUUUGAGAUGUUGUAACUGUGAAAUACGUAAUAAAGUAAUACGGAGACCGAAAA